ACAUGGAUGAUUUUGACAUGCUGAACGCACCCGCCGCUGGAAACGGUGUGGGCUCGGAGGAGGACCCGGCCGCCGCUUUCCUGGCCCAACAAGAGAGCGAAAUUGCGGGGAUCGAGAAUGACGAGGGCUUCAGCAUCCUGGACGGCGGAGAGGUCCCUUCGUCGCUCAGAGACUCUAACGACGGCGCCAUCAAUGGAGAGUUUCACGGGGAAAGCAACGGUCCAUCAGAUGCCUAUGCAGCCAUUUCCAACGCCGACCGGCUGCAGGCCGAACCUGAAAGUCUCCGGAAGUGGAGGGAGGAACAACGAGAGAGGCUGGAGGUGCUAGAUGCCAACUCUCGCAAGCAGGAGUCUGAGUGGAAGGAGAAGGCCAAGUUGGAGCUGGAGGACUGGCAUGCCAGGCAGAACGAACAGCUGGAGAAAACUAAAUCCAACAACAGAGUGCUGGACGAAGACUUCUACAAGCAGCCCUUCUCUGACCUCAUUGGUUAUGUCACACACAUUAACCAUCCUUGCUACCGCCUAGACCAGGCGGCCGAGGAAGCCAUGAUUUCGGAUCUGGACGAGAACAACCCCGGCACAGAGUGGGAGCGGGUGGCUCGGCUCUGUGACUUCAACCCCAAGUCCAGCAAGCAGGCCAAAGACGUGUCCCGCAUGCGCUCCGUCCUCAUCUCCCUAAAGCAGUCCCCGCUGGUCCGUUAGAGACCAGAGAGAUCCGGGGAAGUCCAUUCCUUGUCAUGUUUUUCUUUUCUUUUUGUUUUUUUGUUUUUAUUUUUUUCCACCUCACACACCAACGAACCAACUACUGAAUCCACAACGUUUAUCU